GCCGCGGCUCCGCCCCCUGCUGGCGUCACCACAGCUGCUAGCUCGUCGGUUAGCGUGCUAACAGCGUUCGGUAGUGAUGAGACAACGACGGCAUGAGACAGCAAACGAAGCCAUUCCAGCAUCCUCACGCAGGCCAGAGAGCAGAAAGCGGCGAUUUAAACCCCGAUUUAAGUCCGUAUUCAGUCACAUCAGGAGUUCGGAAGAGCGUCUGCAGCGCUGAGGUGAUGUCGACCGUCUGUUUAUGUUCAUUUAUCAGCCGUAACUGACGCGUGUCACUGACACUGACGCGCUUUUCUGUCGGGACACACGCUGCUGGUGGACUGAGUUAGCUGUCAGUUAACCAGUAGCCGCGUUUGAUGUGCUAACCAGGAGCUAGCCUGCAUUAUUUAGCAUAAACACUCGCUGAGCAUCUGUUGGAGGAGCUGUCAAACUCUCGCUUGCUCUUUAAAUGGGGACUUUAAGCGGUUUCCUAACGACGUCACUGCACGGACUGUAGUGUGUCCAUCAGAUUCAGUACACCGUUUACCGUAGUAUUUCUCCGAUGCAUCACUCAGACUCCCCCGGCGAGUCCCCCGGCAGCAGGAGGAUGUCCCACCCGUCAGUGUUCGGCUCCGAUGACCACCAGACGUCCCCUCAUCUCCCGCCGCACAGCCUCAGCCUCCAGCCCGCCGGGACGCAGGUCAAGAAGAAGAGCGGCUUCCAGAUCACCAGCGUCCUGCCCGCGCAGGUGUCCUCCGCCAGCGCCAACAACAGCAUCGCCGAAGAUACGGAGAGCUACGACGACAUGGACGAGUCGCACACCGAGGACCUGUCCUCGUCCGACAUCCUGGACGUCUCGGUUUCCCGGGCCACUGACACCGGCGUCCCUGAGAGGAGCUCGUCGGAGGAGACGCUGAAUAGUUUGCAGGGGGGCGAGACGCCCGGAGUCACGUCGCCCAAUGAGCCGGUGAUGCAGCAGGGGUACCUGGUCAACGGCGUCCACCAUCAUCACAAGACUGGACGACCCGCGGCUCCUUCAGCAAUCCCCGCCGUCCCGCAGGCUCCGGCCUCGAGCGGGCGCUCCGUCCAAGCUGCGGAGGCAGGCGGAUCCGCUGCACCGGUACCUGACGCCGCCAGAGCUCCGGUCCCCACCGUGAUGCCGGUUGCACCCGCAAAUCCUCCGACCGCAAGCGCGGCGACCACCGCCUCUCGCUUCAGGGUGGUGAAGCUCGAUUCCAACACGGAGCCGUUUCGGAAGGGUCGCUGGACUUGUACGGAGUUUUACGAAAAAGACGCCCCGGCUGGAGACGUCGCGGCCGUCGCUCACAGAGCGGUGGAGAGCGUCGUCCAGUCUGAACACGAGACCACGAGCGGCAGCUCCUCUGGAAGCACCUUGAGCGGCGGCGGAGAUGUCCAUCAGGUUUGCGCCGGUCUGCACGCUCAAGACCCAGGCGCUCUCCUGCUUCCUCAACCCUCCGUUCUGUUGGGUGUUGAGAGUUCAUCUGCUUCGGUUCGACCCUACAGUGUAGAGCCCCAGAGCAACUACCCUGCUAACACCAAACCUCCGGUGUCCGUCAGCCAGAGCGCGCUUCCUCCGGUGGAAUACACCCCGAGGCCGGCAAGCGUCCAGCCCGCAGCUCAACCUCUUCAGAUUCCUCCAGCUCAAAGUGCAGUGUCACCCAGAGCUGUGCCAGGGCUUCCUCCGGUGGCCGUGUCUCCGAGGCCUCAGGUUCCCGGCCCACAGAUGAGCAUCAACCCGGACCAAACUGGAGCCCAGCUGUUUUCAUCCGCCGCUCUGAGCCACCUGCAGCCGCUGCUGCUGAGAGCCCCGCUCCUCCCGGCGGGCCCCGCGUAUGUGACGGCCUCGCAGCUGGAAGAUGCGCAGCGACUCCUGCUGCAGCACCACCCGCUGCUAUCACUGCCACGGCUGGCCGCAGGAGGCAUGGCAGGCCUCGCAGGGCCGGCUGCGUCUGAUGCUGCGGCCGCUCUCGGGCAGGACGGCGCUGCCGGUGCUUUUGCGGUCUCAACUGGUGCAGAUGAAGACAGUUCCUCCGGAGCCAGUGUUGUGGCCAUAGACAACAAGAUCGAGCAAGCCAUGCAGCUCCACCCUCUGAUGAAGAACGUUCUGUUCCUCUGCGACCAGCAGCCUGAAGAUUACACACACACUGAUGGCUUUAACUGAUAUAAACACAUUGUAAGAAACAAAAUCUAAUUCAAAUGACAAAAACGCAACAGAAUUACUAAAACUAAACGGAAAACAUAAAAACUAUAAUAGUAUAUCAGUGAUACUAGGGUGUGUUCACACGUGUCAUGUUUGAUUCGAUUAAACCGAACUCUGGCGCGGUUCGGAUGAAAUGUGAACGCAACACGGACCAAAUACUUCUAAAUGAACCAAAAACAGGAAGUAAUGACAAGAUGCGACGCUGUGGGACAUGAUUUGACGACGCGGUGAAUCCAAAACAAAAGGAGCAGAGGGCAAACGUGGAGCACCGAGGAGGUGAAGUGCGUUUUACGAGCUCCUCAUGAGUUCACGCAGCAAUGAGUGCGCUUAUUUCAGC